UCCUUGCUGAAUGCGACACCUCGCCAUUUUUUGACCACUUCGUCGAUAUCGUCCCCUUCUCUCUUCCAUCGCCUACUCGACAGAUAGGUCUUCGCCGAAUCUCCGUCACGCGGGGCCCGCCCUCAUUGUGUCCGUAGCGUAGGACUCCUCUGACGCAGUCUUGUGAAAGUGAGACUUGGGAAUAAGGUUGGAUACGAUCCGAGAUGAGGCGGGUGUUUGGAGGCAAGAAGAACAAGGAUCCGCCACCGACGAUCGAGGAAGCAACUGAUAGGAUAAAUAAAAGAGGUGAAACGGUUGAUGAGAAAAUCAAGAAGCUUGAUGCCGAAUUAGCUAGAUACAAGGAGCAGAUUAAGAAAACUCGACCUGGUCCUGCUCAAGAGGCUGUUAAAGCUCGAGCAAUGAGGGUUCUUAAGCAAAGGAGGAUGUAUGAGGGGCAACGUGACAUGAUAUAUAACCAGACAUACAACCUUGAUCAAGUUACUUUUGCUACGGAGGGACUUAAAGAUGCUCAACAGACAAUGUCAGCACUAAAAUCUGCAAACAAGGAGUUGAAAGGGGUGAUGAAAACUGUGAAUAUUUCAGCCAUAGAUAGUAUGCAAGAUGAAAUGAUAGAUAUGAUGGAUAUUAGUACAGAGAUCCAGGAAUCUCUGGGAAGAAGUUACAAUGUCCCUGAUGACAUUGAUGAGGAAGAGCUAAUGGGCGAGCUAGAUGCUCUGGAAGCUGAUAUGGGAACAGAAACAGAAUCUGAUGCAGUUCCAUCCUAUCUUCAACCGGAUAAGGAAUCUGAUCUGGACGCAGAACUUAACUUACCUGCAGCUCCAAUGGGUAAUGCUGCAGCAGUGCUCAACAGAGCAAGGCCCCAGGCUGAGAAUGAAUUUGGCUUGCCUAGUGUUCCUCAAGCAUCUCUACGCAGUUAAAACUCUGCUCAUUUCAUAUGCUACUCAGUGACAUGGACAUGAAAAUAUUGUGAUCCUUGAGUAAUAAUGGUUCAUGACUUCAUAGAGUUGUCUAUUGUGUUCGAUAGUUUUUGUGAGUCAGACUUUUUAUGGUAAACUAUAAUGCGUUCUUAUGGGAACAUCUAGCGAUAGCACUAUGCGUCUUUUGAUCCACCAGACAGGUUAGUUCCUUGUCACAUCAAAGCUACCAAUUUGAGAUUGAUAUGGAAAUAAACCCCCACAUGUUUAUGGUA